AUGGGCUGUUCAAUCACCGGAGUCGGAAUGGCUCGCUGCGAAAUGCGGUCGAUCUCGAUGAUGCCCUACGAAACCGAGCGUCUGGGAAAGAAGCCUCCACUGCUCAGCCUUUGCGACAUAGAAGACAAUGAGAAAGUCGUCAUCAUGGACAUCCUGGAGAGCAUUGGGCAGCAAUUCGAUCAGCGAACGACGCCAACGUAUCUCCCGAUCGAGGGGAAGGCCGACGAGAUAGAGCUGAGCAUCAGCUCGUCUUCAAAAGAUGUUUUCGCCAUACUAGGAAAGCAACUCGUUCUGCAAAAGCCACUCGACAGAGAUGCUGAAGAUUUAGCGUCGGUUCGGGUUCAGAUCCGCUGCGAAGCAAAGGAUCAGUCGCGGAAGAAGGUUGUUCAGGUCCUGGUCCGAGUGAAUGACGUGAACGACAACGCUCCGCAAUUCACUUCGGAGAACUACACGACGUCGAUAUCCGAAGAAGCGCCAGUGGGCACGAUGGUUUUCGCCAACUUCACCGCGACAGACUCGGACUCUGGAGUCAACGGUCUCGUGGAGUACUUCAUUGAAGAAACUGGAAACGCCGACGAUGCCGCUUCGUACUUCAGCAUCGAUUCCCCGCAUCAGGGCAUUGUCACAAUCAAGAAACCCCUGGAUUACGAGCAGAGCAAGGCGUACCUGUUGCGAGUCAUCGCUGCGGACAGAGCCAUGAAGCCGUCGGAUCGCUUGACCUCUACCACCACCCUGACAAUCAACGUGGAAGAUGCGGAUGAUCUGCCUCCGAUGUUCUUCUACAAGGGCUGUGGACCGGUAUGCGACGCUGUCCAGUAUCGGAGUGAAGUCGCCAGCGGGGCCGUUGAGGGAGUUCUUCCCAUUCGGCCUGACACCAUCUAUGCUCGUGAUCAGGAUUCCAUGGAUCAUCCCAUACAAUAUUCAUUCGUCGAUGGAAGUCCUUCGGACUUCCGCAGUAUCUUCGCCAUAAACAACGUCACGGGAGAAGUCAGUCAAAUCGCCCCGGCUUCGAGAGCCGUCACAACCCACUAUAGCAUCACGGUUAAAGCUGAGGAACAAUCUGAAUACCGUCGCUUCGCCUUGGCUUCGCUCACCAUCGAGGUUCUCGUUGCCGAUCUCCAUCCUCCGGUCCUUUCGGCGAAUUUCUUCGAAGGCUACGUCGAUGAGAACUCGCCGAUCGGGAGUCGAGUCAUGUCCGCCCCGAGGGGAGGAGAUCCGAUAAUGUUCCAAGUGACAGACGAGGAUUAUUCGGAGAAGGAGCAAUACUACUCCUUCGCGGUCUCUACGACUGUUUUCAAAGUAGAUAUAGAAGGAUUCCUAGUCGUCGGCGAGCCACAGCUCGAUCGUGACUCCCCGAAUCCCAACGUUUACGAGUUCGAGGUGCAAGCCAAGGAAGUCGGUACGCCCGAAGGAAGAGGUCUGUCCCGUCCGAUCCAAUUGCGUGUCCAUCUCAACGAUAUCAACGACAAUUCUCCUGUUUUGCCUCUGAUCAACCCCGUGACGCUGGAGAGUGGGGAUGGCGUUCGGACCGUCACGAAAGUGGAGGCUGCAGAUAACGACGAGGGAGAGAACGCGAAACUCACCUACAGCAUCUACCACAUCAGUAAUAAUGGCGCGGCGAGGUUCACGAUCGAUCCGGAAACGGGAGAUCUCAAAGUGCGAACUCCGGUCGACGCCGGAGAACAGUUCUCGAUCACAGUGCAAGCCACCGAUGCUGGUGGUCUCUAUUCCCAGGGAAUCAUCGAGGUCAUGGUGAUCCCCGGACCAAAUCUCGGGGGCCCCAUCUUCUUGCAAGAGGAGUACCGGGCGAGCGUGGCCGAGGGUUCUCCCGUCGGAGUACCGGUAACGACGGUGAAAGCCAACGAUCCUGAACGAGGCGUUGUUUACUAUUCAAUCGUCGACGGAAACACCAACGAAGCUUUCUCGAUCGAUCAAGAAACCGGAACUGUUUUCGUUAUCGGACGCUUGGACAGAGAAGCUAAAGAAACGUACAACCUGACGCUGAAAGCCGCCGACAGCGGCGAGCUGUACAACCUCGUGCCACUUAUCGUAACCGUAACGGACAUUAACGACGAAACUCCCGUAUUCACCGAAAAUCGCUACGUCUUUGAAGUCGCCGAAGGUCUGGCGAAUACGUUUGUCGGACAAGUGAAAGCUUCUGACAGGGAUUUGGGCGGGAAUGCAGAGAUUACCUACUCGAUUGAAGACCCCGCAUCCACCUUCGCGAUCAACGGAGCCAACGGUUCAAUAUACACCAGAAGAGCUCUCGACUUUGAGUCGGAGAAGGAGUUCGUCGUGAUCGUGACAGCGACUGACCACGGAGAAAACGCUCUCAGUGCGAAAGUUGAAGUCAACAUUCGAGUUUUGGACGAGCAGGACGAAGUUCCGAUAUUCGAGCAGUCCCACUACGACGUCAAAGUCAAUGAGAACCAGCCCGACACCUUCCUGAUCCAGGUGAAAGCGACCGAUCCCGAUACGGUGGAUAAGAUCACAUACGUGAUAAAGGAGGGAGACAGGCGACUAUUCUACAUCGAUCCGACGUCAGGCGCCAUAUCGACAGUGAAAGGACUGGACUUCGAAUUGUCACAGACGCAUACGAUCGUGGUCGGCACCCAGGAAAACUCGAACGAGAACGAUCCGCAGGCGACCACGAAAGUCAAAGUGUCCGUCGGCGACGUAAACGACAACGCGCCAAAGUUCGUGACUCUACCGCUGCCGACAAGAUUGCAAGAUUCCGCUCCUGUGGGAACCGUCGUCGCGACCAUGGUCGCUAAGGACGAGGACGGAACGGUGCCACUCAACUCCAUCAAGUACGAAUUGGUCGGCCAAGGCAAAGUGAAAAACUUCUUCAGCAUCGAUACCAACACCGGCAUGGUCACGGUCAAGGACGAUCUCAAGAAAGAUCCCACAUCCGAGUACACGAUCGAAGUCCGAGCUUUCGAUCAGGGAGAGCCGUCGCUCAGCACGACACUCUCCUUCAUCGUAUACGUAGAGCAUCUAGCGAUGGUUCACCCCGAUUCGGGCAUUGGGUUCGUAGACGGCCACUUCGAAGUUUCGAUCGACGAGAACGCUGUCGAAGACACCCUCGUCAAAGCGCUCCCGGUUGUCAACCGACCUGUGCGGGCUCAAGUCGACUGUCACAUCAAUAGCGGCAACGACAGAGGGCAUUUCUACGCUAAAAUGAACCCUCAGGGCGAUUGCGAAGUUCGAAUCAGUCAACAGACUCGUUUGGACUUCGAGAAUCUCCAACAGUAUGUUCUGUCGGUGCGGUUGGCUGCGAGUGCCGGUGUGUUCAGCGCUUCUCGGCUGACGGCUCAGCUGACGGUGAAUCUCCGCGACGUCAACGACAAUCGACCCAACUUCAUCAUUUCCCCAAUGGUGGCCGAUCCCACCGGGAACAGCUAUUUGGGAGCGCUCGACAUCGACAGCGCAGUAGGAACAGAAGUCAUCACGGUCACCGCCGAAGACAUGGACUCCGAAGGAAACGGUCGAGUCAGUUAUGAGAUUGUUCCCGAAACGAACAAAGGAGAGUUCUUCAAAAUCGACUCGAACACCGGUGCUAUUUCAUCGGCUCGAGCUUUCGAUAUCCGUCAGAAUCAUACGAUGCCGAUCAAGCUCAAGAUCGUCGCUAGAGACAAUCCUGUCGACCCAGGAGCAACGCUCAGCCAACGUGUCAACGUCUAUGUAAACCUCCUGUCCCGAGACAAUCAGCUGUGUCUCGUCAUGCCCGACAUGUCGCAGGAAAAGGUGCGGAAGAUCAAGGAUAGGCUUGCGGCGAUCAUCAAGAAACAGUCGCACAUGCUCGUCGGAGUUCAUCGCAUCGGUCCGAUGGAAUUCGUCCGGAACAACUCGGUGCAGAACGACGGCAGUGGAACCGACAUGUGGUUCCAUCUGAUCGACCCGCAGACCCUGAAAGCGAUCAGCAUCAAAGACCGUCGGAUUCGGUCCCUGGUCGCCAAGGGUGAUCUCCAGGCCACCGCGAUGUGGGGACAGUUUUAUCACGACGCCGGGAUCAACGUGAAGGCCGUUCGUCAGCAGAUCGUUCUCACGCCAGCAACCACAACCGAAACACCGGAGAUCAUCGAGUUCCGAGGAGCUAAACGCAGCAUGAUCUUCUUGAGGGAGAUGUCCGAUCUGGGAACGGUUUUGAUAGGCAUCGGCAUCUUGAUUUUCUUCUUUGGCAUCUUCGGGAUCGUCUACCAUUGCUGUGCUUGGAAGAAGUUCUUGAAACAGCAGGAACUCGCGGCUCAGGCAGCGUCGAUUCCCCCGAAGCCGAAACUGUUCCCUCCUCCCAUCCCCCAAACGCCCAGAUAUGAACCCGUGUACGCGGAAUCUUCCAUGAAGGAAUACGAGACCCAAGUUCUGCAGAUGAGCGUGAACAUCGACGAUGUCGAGGGCACCGUGAGGGGCUUCCCUUUCACGAACCCAAACGAGGUGGCCUACAUGUCAUGCAGUCAACUCGAUCUGAGCCCUUGCACAGCUCAGAGUAAAGCUUCCACUCAGCGGCUGUCGAGCGAGGAGGGCAGUCCACAAGUAGUCACGAAGAAUCCGCUGUACGAGGCUAUCUCAGACGACGAUUUCGAUGACUCGAGGUCGAAACGGAGGAUGCUCAACAAAUAGAGUAUUCGAAAUUAGCGAGUGAUAUAGCGAAUGGGGUGGGAGAUUCCACGGGAACUCGGAGCGCCCCGAAUAAGUCGAGCUAGAAAGCUCGUCGACAGUAGGAAAAAGCCAUUUGACAGUGUACAUAUUAUGAACAAGGAGAGACAGUCAAAC